UUUCACGGUUGCGUCAAGAAAUAUCUUCACAUAUUCUGGUGGAGAGGUUUUGACGUUCGCUGGUGGCGAGGAACUUUAUGUGUUUAUCAACAAACAACUGGUGGUUCAAUUAUUUCAUGAUCCUGCAAACAACUCAAUUCCUUGUGCGGUUGUAGAACUUCAAGCUGUCUCAGGUAAUUAACCUACAUUUAAUUUCGUCAAUCUUCUGUAACGUCGUCGUAAUACACCCUUCCAGAAAGUACUCAGCUUUGGCUAUGCACGGAGCCUCGUUUUCGAUAUUGAGAUAUUGAGAUAUUGGAUAUUUAGAACCAUUUUUCUUGUUACAGGUGACACAUUUAAGAAAUCAAAUACGCAAACGAGGCUCUAUAGCCAAGGCUAAGUACUUUCCGGGAGGGUGUAUUAUAUGAACCGCAGAGGUCCUAUUACCUAUCUCUAAAUUACAUUCAAAAACUCAUUAAUAAUCAGGAAAACACAAAGAAAAAUCAUAAGCGUGUCGUACCUUUAUAUGUGAUAGAGAUUUCCCUUGAUUUACAUAAACUUGAACUUUGAUUUUCUCGACUUAUACACAACGUAUUUUUUGAAAAUUACUUCGCCAAUGAACUUACUAGAUCGAUCGUUUUUGAAGCAAUUUAAAACAUUCGCAGUGCGUGUUUUAUCAGACCUAAAGAUCAGGGGCGGCGGAACAGGGGGGGGGCUAGGGGGGCUAAAGCCCCCCCCCAGAAGUAAAAGUGGGGGGGGGGCUUAGCCCCCCAGGAAAAUUUAUUUUUUUCUGGAAAACUUUGAUAAUUACGGAAAAAUUUAGGUUAUUUUUUGAAAAUUUAUGUUUAAGGGGAAAAAUUUGGCGUAUUUUGUUUAAAAAUUGUGUAUUUCUGGAAAAAAUUUUUGUUAUAUGUCCGGAAAAAUUAUUGUACCCUUAAAAUGGUACACUGAUCAAAAUUUUUUUGGCGCAUGAAAUGUACAUAUAUAUGUAUUAGGUCCGGUCAUAAAAAGACCCUGUUAUACUAUAAUCAUUUAUAGACCUGGAACGAGGGGGAUUCGGCGAAAUAUUACCUGAAGUGAAUCCCCCGAGUGGAGGGUCUAUAAAUGAUAUAUUAUACCGAAAAUUAAAAGCCUCCAAGUUGUGAAAAUAAAACUUGCCACAUACUUGAAUACGAUGUUUUAUUUUUUAUUAACGCAAGUACUUGUCACUUUUAUUUCGAAUCACAUACCGUUUGGAAUGUUGAUGAUGAUAACAUUUUUCAAAGUUUGCUUCAUAUUAAAAAAAACAGCUUUCUUUGAAGUUUGACCAAUUAGUAAUUCAUCACUCUUAGUAUUAUUUUGUCGGCCAUCUUGUUUUCGUGAUUGCCGCGCGGGUUUGAUAUGAUCAAAUCACCCGCUACGUCAAAUUUGAUGACGAGAGGCGUGAUUCGAUGAUAAAUUUCAUGCUCACGUGGCACAAACUUAGCUUUCUUAUUAUAGACACAUUGAAGUGUUAAUAUAUAAAUAUAUAUAUAUAUAUAUAUAUAUAUAUAUAUAUAUAUAUAUAUAUAUAUAUAUAUAUAUAUAUAUAUAUAUAUAUAUAUAUAUAUAUAUAUACUAAUCUACUCAUACUUAUUAUAUUAAUUAUAUUAAUAAAGAAUAAUUUCACGAAGCACACAUAACCUAACCAUGUAGAUCUAUAUACAAAUGAUCCCUACAAUUAUACACACUAUUUCAGUAUUUCACUGUAUGGUCCACUUUACAGCACCUGUAACGAUCAAUGGCAACCUAAGAAAUCCAUUAACUUAACAAUGCCUGCAUAAGGUUGCACCAUACAAAAUACCUAACGCCUGUAUAGGUCCAAUUUACUUAUCUUUAAAUUACCAUAUAAGAGAAGGACAAGAACAUGUUGGCAACAAAAAAUUCGACCUCUCUGUUUUUCAGGAAGCAUCCGUCAUUGAGCAAAUAAACAACUUGCUCAUAUACUGCAAAUGGAAUAAACUCUCUUAAUUCAAAUAAUUUUAAUUUAUGUUUGAAAACGUUUUAUUUUUUGUCAGAUGACGGAAGCAUUGAAGUAAAAGAAGGAGUCUUAUCCAAUCAUAAUUGUGAAAAUCUCAAGCAAAGUAUAAAUAAAGUACAGUUAAAUCUUCUCGUAAGUAACUUUAGUUGAUAUGUUUGUGUACAAUACUGCAGGAAAUAUUGCACUAGUAAUAGAAAGUAAUUUUCGGAGAUCAUGGCCAGAAAUCACAUAAUCCAUUCUAGUUUUCAUAUGCUAAAUAAAAUUACAUAGUCACGUUGAAAUAUGGCUUUAACUGAUUAGCCUUCAGGUUUAUCCGCCAUUUUGGGGACACUUAACGCAAGGCGACUUUUUAUCACUGUAGUUGUGUGUAUGAGGGUAAAUUUACUUUGGAAAGUCAAUUUUUACAUUGUUUUAAUUGUCUAGAUUAUUUGACGAGGUAAGGCGGUACCUCCAAAAUCGCGGAUAUUGGCCUGCGUGAGAAAGGCUAAUUGUAUAACGCGAUAAUUGUAAAUUAAACAAAUUGUAACAUAUAAGAGAGGUUCAGAUUUGAAUUCCACUACCGCUAUACCGCUAUACUAUUAAUUAAGGGACCAUUAACCAAUCAGAUGCAUUUAACUUACCCGAUUAACCAAUCAUGCAGAUGACAGGGGUUUCAGAAUGAUUUGAAGUAGGGGCUGUACCAAAAAAGUAGCCGGCUGUGAUUGAUAGUUAAAAAAUUGCGCGGGGAGGGGUCGUGCCCUCGCAUGGAAAUUUAAAAAAUUUUCGCCGCAAAUUAACAAUCAAAUAAUAUAGAAUAAGUAAAAAGACAAAGUACAACUGAUAUUUAGAUGACAUUUGCAUUUAUACUUGUAUAAGUGACAAUUAAUGUACUUUAAUGUGCUACUAGUAAUGUAAUUUGUACAGAUGCAUGAACAGAAUGAUAAUGUACACUAUUAGUAUUACCUAAUUUAUGAGUCCGAAAUCAUUAAUCAAAUGAUGUUAUACUUAUGUUUGUUAUAUAGUACAGAGUGAAAUACUGAGAAAUACGCAGUGAGAUAUUUUCCAUAUCUUCACUAGUGAAGAUAUCGAUCACGUUACUUUUAGUAUUUAUACAAUUUUUUGCUUGGGACUAUAUAAUAAACAGAACAUUAACGGUGGCUUGAAGAUAUGACUUUUAUCUUCUCGUGUUAGCAACAAUAUUUUACUCACUCGCUGUGCUCGUUCGUAAAAUAUAUAGUUUUCACCACUCGAAGAUAAAAGUCAUAUCUUCGCGCCGCUGUGUAAUAUCCUCAAAAAACUUAAUGAACUUUACUUCGUCACUUUAUCAUAAUUAAUUCACUGUCAAAGAAUUAGUCACUUCAAAAACAUUUACCAAAGUAGCUCUGAAUCUGACUCGUUCUCUGCGUCACUGUCAAAUUCGGAUUCCCCAAUGCUUAAGUCACUGUUAGAGUCAAUCAGAGUCAUCUUCCUGUUCAGGAAGAUUCAGAGCCGCUUACCAUUUGCUACGAAAUUCAAGAUGGCGACGAGAAAAAAAGAAUGUUUAUAUUAUCGCUUUUUCGACAGCAACUUAAGAAAGCAAGCUAUGUUUGGUACUAUGUAUUAUUGAUCUUAUUGAUCUUCCAAAAUAAGUGAUGUUUUGUUUGAAUUCCAAUUGGAACAUAACAAACAUCGUGUUGGUUCGCUUGUACCUUUGUAUAUAAAAUUUUUCCUGCAUGUGACCAGACGAAAACUAGCCGGCGGAACUCCGGCGUCCGCCGGCUUAUUCUGAAACCCCUGCUGAGAUGCGUUUAAUCUACCCGUUUAACCAAUCACAUGCACAUGACAGAGGAAGUGAAAGCUAUAGUAGUGGAAGUAAAAACUGAACCUCUCUAUAAUUGGCAUAGUUUAAAGAUGAUGUCCACUCCUGUGCACAUGCGCGAACUUUGUUUACGUUUUGAACUGCUAUAUUUGUAAAAUAUGAUAUACUAACUGAAUAUCUAACACUUUUCUGGUUCGCUAUACUUGUAAAUGAAUAUAAACUCUACGUUUCAAUUCAAAAAAGUUCGAAAGAUGCAAAAUUUGGGCAAUGUUUAUGUCUGGGGGUCCCCCUUUGUUAUGAGCAGAACUGAUGCGCAGAACGGAGUGGACAUCACCUUUAAGUUGUUGCGCAUUCUCACGGGUUUUUUCUAAAUUUGUGCAUAUAGGUUAUACUUGUUAGGAGGGUCUAUAACCGAUAUAUUAUACUGAAAGUUAAAGACCCACCAUGUUGAAAUACUUGCUGAAUAACUAAGCGAAUACAAUGUACAAUUUUUUUUAUAGUCUUUGUUUUUUUGCCAACGAUUUCGGCAAGUUGCAAAUGACCUACAUUACUCUCAACUCUAAUUGCCAUUUACAAUAUCACGUUAUACAAUCAGUUAACGCCAUAUUUCACCGUGAUAUGUACUAAUUAUAAAUUAAUAAUAUAAGGAAGUAGAGUGAAUCAAAUAUGUCCGUGAUUUUGUGCCAUCGUCUUAUUAUUAGUUGCUCAUCUGAUGCGAAAGUCGUUGUACAUAGUUCGUUGUAUAAGCAUGCAUGCACUCUGAUUCAAAACCGUCUAAAACUUGUUACGACUUGAAUUGAAACUUCAUGGUAAGUUACUAACUUCAUCAAACAACGGCCUUGUUACAAUUCUUUAAGACUUGUGAGUUCAGUGUUGGCUCCCGUUUAUAUGGCAUUGGAAGCCGUUGUCGUUGAUUCUCGUACAUCAGACUGAAGACUAUAUUAGCAAUUCUGGCGUCUUAAGCGAAGGUCCUUCCUUGGGAGAGUUAAAAGCAGCGUCUUAAUUUCUAUUCCACUGACACUACCGAGGACCAUCCUCGCUCGAAACGUGCAGAGUCUUUCCUACGUCUACGAGAUUCGUUGGAUACGCCAUAUUCUUACAUCAUCAUGCACUGACACCUUAUAAAUCUCGUAGCCUGCCGUGGCCAACAUAGGCGCACGGAGAGAAAAAAUUAGGAGCAGGGACAAAAAUUUGCCCGAUAUUGCUUAAAUGAAGGGGUUCGAAAUAUAUAUUAAAACAUUUUAGCUUACUUCUUCCUAUUUCGACGAAUUUGCGCUCUACUCUCCCUUUAAUCAUUUGGCCAAUUUUAAUGUAGUAUUCUCCAAUUUUUAAAUGCAAUCUGCCCGAUUUUUAGGUACUGCGAGAUUAUCUCGUGCGUACGUAAUGGUGUAAUCAGGCAAUGGUGAGCAUGCAUGUACAAACAACGAAUCUCGUAGUCGCCGUCGUCCUCGUAGUAAAAAUUCGAAAAUUCUCUAUUAGAAAGCUGCAUGACAGGUGUCAAUAAUAACUGUCGGCCAUUGUUAAAUCCUUUUUGUUCUCUGUUCAGGUCGGUGUGCCAUAUCGUCUUGAUGUUUUCUUGGCAGAGAGAUUUCUGUGUCAGUCUGUAUUUCUCUAUCAAGCUAGUAAUAUUUCUUUUGUGCAACCAUGGCAACAAACAAAGGCUGUCGAUUAUCUGGCUACCGUUCCAGAGUCAUUACAUGUUGGCGCGCUUGUGCAAGAGUUUAGGAUUGGUGACAAGUUUACGACUGGACCCUACAAUGUUAAAGUACGUAGAAAAUUUCCCCUUCCUAUCAUUGUAUUAGUUAUAUCUGUUAGUUAUAACAUUUAUAUCUAUUUAUGUAUUAACCACGGUCUAUUUAUCUGUCAGCUAUAAUAAUAAUAAUAAUAAUAAUAAUAAUAAUCGUCUAUACAUAUGAUAUCGAUACGAUUAUAUUUCUUCAUUUCGUAUCCGUAGAUUCUGUAUAUCUAUUAUGUGCUUGUCCAUUACCUAUUGUUUCUUUAUUUGUUGACGUCGAUAUCUAUCGCCUAUCAUCGAUCUAUGAUCUAAUAACAAUUUAAUUGUAACCUAAGGCGAUUAAAAAACAUUCUGGUGAUACAAUAUUUUUGUCACAAGGUACUAAGUGGAAACAACCAACGAAGAUUCACCAUCAAACCUUCAACAUACACCCCACCAACAAGUCCUCCACCCCCUGUUGAAAAAACGGUUAAUAUUGCAGGAGACACUGUGGUAUUGUGCGUUAACUCCAGUAACAUUACACAACCUAUUGCUGAUGUAUCAACCACAGUGGAAACAUUCACCAGACCAUCUGGUAACACAGCUGCUCUGUUGACAUUGGCUAAGAAUUUGGAUUUUGAAGCCACGCGAGAGUAUCAAAUUUUGCUGGAGGUCACAGAUACUGCAAGUGACCAGAAAGGGAACAUUACUAUGAGGGUAAGAAAUAAGUAAGCUUUCCAGGGGGAUCAAAAUAGUUCCCUUUUUUUCGGAUUAAAAGUAGGAACAUUUUUGUAAGUGUCGUUUCAUUCAAGAGAAUCGCCAAAUUUGGUCACAAUUGAGGUCAUGAAGUCAUAGUCAAUAGUUAAUAGGGAGCUUAAGCAAGUGAUGUUUUUGUCAACAAGGACGUCAGAUUGCCGGGGGACUGGAUUAAAAACUGUGUUUGUGUCAGUUUGUGGUAAUCUUCAACAUAUAUGACAAAACAUAAGAUUUUUAAAGUUUUUUGCUUCCUCACACGAGCGCUAUGAAGCAAAAUGCCGUCAAAAUUAGUGAUACCAAUUUUCGGGUGACGUCCGUGUUGACAAAAACGUCGCUUGCUUAAUAUUACUUGUUGAUAAACAGAAAGUACCUUACUUACAUAAAGCAACACCUAAAGAGUUUGGAUUUUUGCACAAAAGUUACGCAGCUGCCGUUGCUAUGGCAACAAUGACGUUUUAAGAUGGCGGAUAUUUUCGCUUUAAAGUAAUUUAACUCGUGAACGACAUCGGUGACCCUAAAAUUUUAUUUUAAAAAAUGAUUUCUUUUAGUAUAAUCAAUUAUUUUGACAAAAAAUUAUGUGGAGCCCAAAAAAAUUAUUAUGAAUAAUCAUCUUUACGUAAUUUAAUAUAUAUAGAGCUCAAUUUAUAGUCUGCCAUGCAGGGAGUUCUCCCCUAGGACACUGUAGAUUGUUGAGAAAACCAACAAAAACAAGAAACAAUAAAAAUGGUUCCUGACAGAAGUUGCUUUCUACAGCCUUUUGUGGUCCAAGACCUGUUUUCUCUAAUAGCACGUCUAUCAUUUUAAUGUUUGUACGCUUAUCUUAGUAUGUAUGCGUAAUGACUUAAUUCGGCUUGUCUGUUCCUCUAAGUAAAACUAGCGAGAGCCUCUAGGCUGUUCAAGCACUUCCUUGCCCAAAACGUAUGCCAUAAAGUGCAUCUGUUGUAUGUUGUUAAAAAUAUUAAAACUUAAAGUUCAUUAAGUUUCUGACGUUUAAUUGCUGUCGUUUCAGGUUAUUGUGCAGGACGUAAACGACAACUGUCCUAUCUUACCGAGAGUGUCCUAUAGCUUUACUCCAGUUCCUCCACUCGUCCAGGCUGCGUUCUUCACAAUCAAAGCAACAGAUCUUGACAGCGAUGAAAACGCGAGGAUCUCGUAUUAUCCACAACGUAUCACCGAAACGUAAGUAUAGGUACAUAUAACAUGUAAAUAAACUUUUCUAACAAGCUUUGUAAUAUUAUUAAUUAUAUAGUUUCUAAGUACUUGCUCAAUAUCAUCAAUAUAUAGAGCAAGUAUAGUAUAGGUUGAUUUCAAAAUCUUCAUUACCGUUUUUAAAGUUGGAUCGUCAAUAGUAUGUUCUAUACUUUAUAGUCCUGCGUACAACGAGGGAUUUUACAUGCAUACAGGUGAUAGAAUAAUGGUGUGGUUGGGUGGGACAAUUGGAGAAAGGGCAGACAAACUCGAUUUUGGGUGCGGGAGCUAGGGGGUGUUCCCCAAAAUAAUUUGAAUCUAGAGGCUCUUAUGUUCUGGCAAAGAUUUGUUUUACCCAACCCUCACAAAAACUGUUUCAAAACAUGUAUAACUGAGAAUCAUGGAUACUCAAUAUAUAACAACCUUAAAUUUGCAUUUUAGGCAGCAAAGAAUAUUAGGUUCUCCCACUCUAAACUCUUUUGGGGAGAUUCGCUCGCCCCAAUUUUAGCUUCUUUUCCAUUACCCCAGCACAUUUUGUGAGGAAAAUAGGAGGGUCUGGAGUCCUCCCCCAGAAAACGUUUAUAUUUUUGAUGCUCAAUUAAUGACAGCAUUUCUGGAAUUUUCUGGAGCAUCCACAAGGGUAACGAGUAAAUGAGAAGACUGUUUUAAUUAAGGCUAUUUUUGUUAGCUUGGUGACUGCACAUUUGUGUUUUAAGAACUGCACAAAUGGGUUUAGAACUGCACAUUUUGUGUAGAACUGCACGUUAAAAUAAACCCUGCAAUAUCGUAUCGUGAAGUAAUUCGUGAGAGUGAAAAGAGAAAGUGUAAACUGCAAUGGUGAUUAUCUUUUGGUCUAUAUUUAAAGGUUCGUCUGUAUACAGACCCUUUGAAAGUUGUUAAAAAAUUUUAAGUCGUUACCGUACACAUUUGUGACGUCUUUCUUUGUAUGUUUUGUAGAGAUGAGGUGAGCCGUACUCGGUACUAUACAAACAAUUUUACUGAAGUUGUUUGGGUUAACAAGACUAUUGAAACCAGGUGGACAUACAGGAUUUAUGCCGUAGAUAACGGGAACCCGAGACGUGGGGACUUUAUUCCGGUCAAUGUUACCGUCAAUGCUACAUGUACUAGUCAUGCAAACUUUGUUAUCAAUAAUAUCACCGGGGAAGUGUUCCUACGUGCUCCAACACUUACUGGGUCUGAAUAUCGUAAGUAUAUCGUAUUAAUAGUGUAUCGUCUGUUUACAACCGUCUGUUUAGGUUUUUAUGACUGUGCGUUACAGAACACAAAAAUUACCGGCAGCAUUUUUACACGAGUUUGUGUGUGUGUUGUUCCUUCUCGAGAUACUCAAUAUCAUUAAUAAAAUCUUACUUAUGCAGUAUCUUUGUUUAAAUGACAUUUGAAGUAACAAUAUAGUUUGUCUUACUUAAAAGAGCUUUGGAAUUAAUUAAUAGACGUUUUACAGCUUUUUUGACAUUUUAUAGCUUUUUCAUAUAUCUUGCUUGAUUUUUCAAAUAUUUUGACUGAAAACAGUGAAUUGUCCUCCAUCAUGGAUUAUUCAGAAUAUGCAAAUUACGUCACAAGUGCAGUCACACAAGUUUUUCCUGUGGGCAAUAUGAGCCCAAAACGCUUUGGUUGAUAUUUCAAAAUUCGAAUUCAAUAGAAACAUUUAAAACCACCUUUGAUCUUAACUAUUUUAUAAGGCCACUCUUGACGUCAUCAAAACCAUAGUUAAUGAAGUUAAGAAUUAAUCCAAGAUGACGGAAAGUUCAUUGCUAUCAGUCCAAAUAUUCUAAUUACUUCUAAUAGUUAAGCUUGAUGUGAAAAAUCUGCGACAAAAUUUGAUACACAAUAUUAAACUUUCUUUCAAGUAUUAAAAUGAGCCAAUUUUAAUUCCAAUGUCCUUUAACACCAAUUUUACGAAAGAAGCAAGUUAAGAAAAAACUACACAUUAAAAUGUUAUUCGGUUAUUUCAGACUAAUUUUGGUUCAUGAGACUUUGUCGUAUGAACACUGCGUACUAACCAGUCUUUGGUCUACUAAACUUUUCAAAUAACAGAAUGUAUCUAUUUCCUAUAAGCUCGGAACUCCACGCAGAGGCCAAUGUGCCGGCGUUGUCGUACGGGCCACUACUGUGUUGGUGACGGAACUGAAUUGCCUUGUGGGAAAUCUUCGCCUACGGAAUAUUCAUUUGCUGGCGCAAACGAAUGUGAUAAAUGUCCUGAAGGCUGGGUAAGUUAAAUCCUGAGUAGAUUAGCGUUCCUUGAUUUUUGCAUUUAUCUGAUUAUAAUUUCGCCUCAAGCGCAUGUGCAUAGGCAGCCCAGCAAAUAUGUGCAUUCGCUUAAAAAUGCAUUAAACGCUAAAAAAUACGUAUAAAGUUCGUCUGAAUUUGCUAUCAAGCGAUUUCUUGCGAUUGUAUUUUCAUAUAGUGUGUUAUACUACAGUAUAUGAAAAUACAGUGACGUAAACAGCGGAAUCUGCAUAUAUAAUGAGCCACACAAAAUUCGCUUGAUAGCAAAUUCAGACGAAUUUUAUACGUAUUUUUUAGCGUUUCAUGCAUUUUAAGUGAAUACACAUAUUUGUUGGGCUGCCCAUGGCCAUGGCAUGUGCGAAGACUGCUUCCAGUUUGACUCUGCCAAAUACCGCAAGCUUUCUUCGAGUAGUACUUCUAGAAUAACACCGGAAUUAGAUCUGAUUUAGAACUCACAGAAAUAGUCCGUUUAGUUUUAUAGGCCAAAACGUCCAAACGAGUCGUUCUGGGGUGAAUGGUCAAAUUUAUUCAUUGUAUAUGUUGUACAUUAAUAAUAUAUACUCACAAAUAAUUAAACAUAUACUCACAUAUAACAUAUACUCACAUAUAAUUCUAUAGUUAUGUCACAAUGGGACGGCUUUACCAUGUCCAGCUGACACUUGGGUUGCGUGUAAUGAAAGCGUAAGUAUUUUGUCUCAAAUUCCCUUUUCUCUCUUUGUCUUUUAAGUGUCUCCCAUGUGACUUAAUGCCUUAAGAUAUCUUGUGCAUUAUUUUAUUUUUUAGUUUUGUCCAGAGAAGUGCAAUGCUUGUGAACCUGGUACUGUGUGUUUCAAUGGCAAACAAACCGACUGCCUUCCUGGAACGUAUAGUAAUGGCACUGGUAAGGUUUAGUGGGUGUUGCUAGUACAAUUUUAGUACAUUUUCGUUCAAUGUCGGUUCAGUACACGUGGAGUACGCAUUUAUAUGGUUAAAAUCAGUUUCAUCUCAGUCUCAUUAGACUAAUUGCUACAAGUCGACUCGCACCAUAAAGCAUUAACUUGUCUCAUGUUGUAAGGAGGAAAACGAGUGAGAACGCGUGAGCGAAUAAAACAAGCAUGAGCAAGAAAUUUGAGCUCAAACUCUCAGCUAAAUAAUAUGAGUGGACUUGUAUAGCAAGUCUACCGUCUCAUAUACGUCCAAAAUUUCAGGGUUUUUCCGACUCUCGGAGCUCCAGAUUCUCACUUUAAUAACACUGGACCAAUAAUGGCAGUGAUGAAGUUCUGACGUCACUUACGCUAAUCUACGCUAAAAACCAACGGCUUACAAAUUAGGCUAUAGUCAUUAUUCUACCCUAUAAUAGAUGUGUAUUGCCAGACUGCUACCUACGCUUUGAACCAAGUUUAAUGUCACGAGAACUUACCAUAAAGGACGUGUAUUUCAAAAACUCUACCUGUUCUGAGAACCAACCACUUGACGUUUAGGGCUACGAGAACGUACUAUAAAGGACGUGUAUUUCACGAACUCUUCCUAUUCUGAGAACCAACCGUUUGAAAUCUACAGUUACGAGAACUUACCAUGAUGGACGUGUAUUUCAUGAACUCUCGCUGUUCUAAGAAUCAACCGUUUGGAGGGAGCAUUUCUGAACCAUUAUAGAAUAACCGUUUGAAGUUCAGGCCUGCAUAAGAUCAACCACAAUAGAUACGUAGCUCAAAACGUUUGGUUAAUACAUAUAUUACAGUUGUAUAGUGUCACUGCUGUCACACCAUCUAACAAGACCCAUGCGUAAGCAAUUUGGUUCUGACUUUCUUCUAACUUGUAUUUCUAGGUUUUCCUUGUCAGUUAUGUCCUCCUGGUAGUUACAACAAUAUCACGCGUGCUACGACAUGCACCUGUUGUCCCGUGGGAUACACGAGUACGUACCGAAAGAAUGGAUGUCGUGCGUGUCACGUGCGUGAGUGGGCAGAAGAAGGAAGUUUUCCAUUCUGUGGUCUAUGUAAGACAUGCGUCACUCCCAGUCAAUGUAAGUUAGAGAUAAUACGUGUGUACCGUUGCAGUACUUGGUAAAGCACAAUACAGUAAAGUUUUGACUUCAGUACUGGAACUAGAACAAUCGAGAUAAAAUUUUAUAUAAUUAUAAAAAAUAAUAUAAAUAUUUUCAUGCAGCAUGGAACGCAUUUCAAGCCGGGAUAAUUACCUGGGCUUGAAUAGAACUUUUUUCGAUGGCAAAGUCUUAAUUUACCUUAAAUUAGGUUUAAUUCAUAGAAUACUUAAUACAAGGCAAUAUGUUUCACCAUUCUGGUAUAGUAUGGCAGGUAUAACAAAAAACGGCAAAAAUUUUUUUUUUUUUUUACUUUUACUUUUGAGUCUGUUAAGACUCAAAAGAUGAAUUACCGUUCAGUUUUUCUUGCUACAACCAUUCUGAUAGGAGAAAAAUCGUCCACCAGUUGUUUGAUUGCCCGUCAUUUGGAUGAAAUGUCACGUGAUUGCAAACAAAAAAUUCAAAACACGGAAAGUGGUAAUGUAGAUGUUCUCUUUAGGUCCAUGUCUUGCUGUGCCCUCGCCGUGUUUUCCUGGAGUAGCAUGUCGUAAUUUGGACUAUGGAAAUUUUCAAUGUGGAGAUUGUCCAGCGGGUUAUGAAUGGAAUGGGACCGAUUGUGUUGAUAUUAACGAGGUUGGUAAAUAUGCAAAUGUUUUUCACAGGUAACUCAGACUCAGUUGUGAUGUAUACUUAGAUCCUCAGUUGAGCCUGUGUUUUGUGCCAGGCUUUUGAGCUACGGGAUUAGCGUCGAGUCAUCAAGUUAUUAUUUUCGAGAAAAUAAUCAAGAAACGGGAUUUUAAGAUUGAGAUCCCUGGAUAUGCAACAUGUAUACAACUAUAACAAGAAUGUGAAACUACAAUAGAUUUUCACGUGAAAAUAUUUUAAUUCAAACGUUUGCAUAGUACCGAGCCUUCGAGGGUGCUUAAAAUUUCGCAUAGCUGGAGUAGCUGAAGCUUGGUUCAUCCGGGCGUCCUGGAACGUCAUACAACGAAAAAUGGACGCUGUUGGACGCCCAAAAUUCUGGGGGGAAAGGAAAAUUAUUCUCAAUGAUUUCCCUAAAUAUCUCAAUAAACGUUAGUACCCUAUGUAGAUGCUGACAUGAAGAACUGUAGAACUUUGCUACUGUUUAAGAGACCCAACAUUCAAAGGUUUUCCAGAGGGAUAUAGUCUCGAACCUCGCUACACGUGUAUAAUAUAAAGUCGCAACGCGGCCCUUUGUAUAAUAUUUGCAUUCAUUUCCUUCAAUCAGAGUAGCGAGCGAAAACAUGGCUUAAUUUAUAUACAUAUAAAGUUGAUUGAUUGAUGGAAUGAUUGAUUGAUUGAAUUAGUGUACUCGUGCAUCACCAUGCAACUCAAGCUGCACCAAUCUUAUACCUGGCUAUCGUUGUGGUGGAUGUCCAGCAGGUCACCGGGGAAGUGCUCCUUCGGGGAUUGGUCUCGAGCAAGCGACGAACUCGAAACAGUCUUGUGAAGAUAUAGAUGAAUGUUUAGAAGGAGGUCACUUGUGUGAUGGGAAUGCGAAGUGCAUUAAUACGAUUGUAAGUUACUGUUUAUAUCAUCUUCUUUUAUUACCGUACCAUCUUAAAGCCUGCUUUCUAUUUGGUUCUAACCAUCGUGGUCAAGCCAUUGUCGGAAAUUGCCUUAAGGAGGCUCCAUACGGUUUCCAAUAUAUAUCAGUGUUUUAAACUAAAAGCUAUUUGAAUCUAAAAAAACUAAUUUUUUGCACAAGCCAUUGUUUGCUUUUAUAUAAAAAAGUAAUUUUAACCCACAAUCGCUACUCUUCAUGUUGCCAUGACAACAUGACGUCACCAUCUAUAUGGCCUAUAUCAACCAAAAAAGCCGUCUUAGCGGACAAAUAACCACGGUGACCUACCUUUUUUUAUAGUUCCAAGUUCCUGUUUGCUUUAGUUGCUAUUUUUAACCCCAAAAACAUUCCUUUGGCUUUGUUUUAAUAAUUCGAUUGUAAACGUUCGAUGGCACUGGAUAUACAAUGAUCUACGACUACGAUUUAAAUAUGGCGUCGCCGGCAUUCAGGAAAAAUUCAAUUGUCGGACCAAUGACGGGAAUUGAACCCUUAACAUUGUAACCCCGCCUUGCGGUCGCCUCUUCAUAAUGGUCGCUUAUUUUUGCCUACUCUAUCUGCGGUCGCCGCGAAAAGGACAAAACAGUACAUUUUCUUACAAAGACACUGAAAAUUACGGUCACCCGUUAACACGACCAAUUUUUUUGGCGCAUGCAUGCUUGACCGUAUUAACGCAGUUCUACUGAAAAGGGCCAGUCUUGAGAUACUCAGUUUGUAAUCUCAAUGAGAAUUAUGCUGUCUAAGAGAUAACGUUUUCUCGUUUUUAGGGCAGCUACAAGUGCGGUGCUUGCAACGCCGGUUAUAUUGGCAAUGGAUACAGUGGGUGUAUCCCAGGAGACUUCUGUGAUGCAGGAGUCAGUGAUUGUCAUAGCAACGCAACUUGCACUUCGCAGGGAUCUGGGCGCUACACGUGUGAGGUAAACUAAACUUAAUUUAGACAGGGGUAACUACGUCAGUUUUAAUAAAGGUCAUUUGGUCCAGUGUUGUUUGUACUGUUUUCAUGUGUGGCGAAAAUCGAAAUUACAAUUACACAACAGCACAUUGAAGGAACCGAGCCCAAGUCGUAAACGUGAAGUGCAUAUGCGCUAUAUAGGCGUUGUGUCACCAAUAUUCCAAGAACUGAGUUAGAUAUUAGGUGCAUGCUAUUUUGGACCAGAACAUAGGCUAGCUGGUGUGGAGAUAAGAGGACUUGUCUCCGUCUCGUUUUCGUCUUGAACACGAGCAAUAAUGAAGAACUGCUUUUCUGUGCGAGGCUUAAUAGGGUCCUUUCAAUCACACCGGAUAGUGUCUCCCCGGACACUACUUCGUAGCGGAUAGUGUCUCCCCGGACACUAUUUCCUAGCGGAUAGUGUCCCCUAUAAUUGCAUUUCCACGGAUAAUGUCCUCGCAUACCUAUAAUGAACGAAAAAUGCUUAGGAUAUCAAGGAACAUUUUAUUUAGGACUGGUUUGGAGAGAAAAUGUAUUAAUGCUUUUCUUCCUGCAACUUCGCUUGUUGUGCAGUUGUGUGAUUUUAAUUUCACUUCAGUCGCAGGUGAAAGAAGAGUGUCCUUGGACGUUACGAAACACCACAGGUUUUCUGACAGGAUUUUAAUCCCGGUCGAAAUGGCCAGUGCACUGACCAUGCAUUGUACCACUUAACAUGCCUUAUCUCAUUAGAAGUCUUGUGAGCUUUAAUUUAUUGCAGCCUCUCGCACAAUGUAUUUACGGUGCCUAAUUUUUAUUCAUUUUUUUAUUUUUCUAGUGUAAAGUUGGUUUUGGAGGUAAUGGUUAUGAAGAGUGCGGACCAGAUACUGAUUUAGACGGGAUACCUGAUAAAGGCUUAAGUUGUAUUGAUCCGCAUUGUAAAAGGGUGAGCGCCAUCUCUUGAAAAUUUGUCCACAGCACCUAUAUUAGCGAUAUAUAUACAGUAGCUUCUCCAAGCAGGGCCCAGUAUUCUUUAUCAACUGAUAAAAAUUCCACUGUCUAAUACUGUAGUUCAGUUGAUAUAGAAUUUGGAUUAUAUGCCAAACUAUAAAUUUGUCUGAGCAAAUUUCCCUUGUCAACGAAGAAGGAAUUUUUUGUCCUCAGGCAACUAAUAAUUAUGAAUUUACUAGGCAGUUACGACAGCGAAACAUAGGAGUUCGCGAUGUUGGUUUUAGCAUGGAUAAUAAAAUAAAUGGAUAGGACAUUAGCUGACGUCACAGUCUAUACCUACAAUCCUAGACAAAUAACAUGCGGACGCUGAUUAAAAAUGGCUGAAAUUUAAAGGAAUCGAAUAAUUAUAUGCAUAUUCGGCCGUAUUCCCCGCUCCCGGUCACUGAAUAAUUAUACGCAUAUUCAGCCGUAUUCCCCGCUCCCCCGUUACAAUGUUGUUGCUACAGAUACUGCAAUAGUUGCCAUAAUGACUGAAGUGUUCAUCAACAUUGUUUCAGGGGAGGGGGGACCGACUUUACGAAGUAUAUAUGAAAAUGUUUCAAAAAAAAAAUAUUUGCCAUGUUUGUCCGAGUAAAUUUGUCUAUGAUUGUAGUUGCAAUCUGUGACGUCACGCGUAUUUCCAAAGUUCUCGGCAUUUUUGUUGUUUCGCUAUAUUUCCGCUUUAAAAGAGUAAUAUUGAAGCAUAAACUGGUCUAAUUGUUUUAAAAACGUGCCUAAGCCACGAAAGUAUUCAAGGUAAAUGUUUUUCGUCUUUGUUUUGUAUUUUUUUACAUUUGUAGCUACGAAAUUGGCGUCACCAAUUUUAACGAAAUUUGGAAUGUGCAUUUUUCACUGUUUAGUGCUUGAAAUAUUUACUAAAAUUGACUGGAAAUACUUAGAGAUUUCAUCGUAGAAUGGCGUAGUUAUAUUUAUUUGCUCUUUGACUAAAAUGUUUAGCUGUAUUAUUGCUAAACAUGCCGUUUUUGAGAAUUUGGUUUGCAACUAGGUUUCAACAUCUAACCUUACCACGCCAUCAUCCAUUGAAAACAUUAGGUCACGUCACUACGUCAGCUAGUUUCCUAUCCUUUUAUUUUAUUAUCCAUGGUUUUAGUAAUAGCCAACUUCGAGUGUAUGAUGUACUGACAUCUCAAGUGAUAGCGUACGACAACGAUACAAUCAUUGGCGUUGGAACCACUGCCGCUGGCGUCCCCGUAACAUUUUCACAGCCUAAAUAGAUUACAUAUAUAUUUCCGUUGUUAUAUGUAUAUAGAUAUAAGUAUUUGAGAAAAGAUGACUUCAUUAUUUGUGAUAAGUCUUGUUUAAAAAACUCGCCAUCUACCAAUUCGCCAAAUAGUUGAACCAUGCUUAAUUUGAUGGUGACUAUAUCCUCCACAAGUCAUCCAAACCACCAAAACCGAUUAUGAACCAAUUUUUUGGAAACAUUUUUGUUGUCCACGUUCUUCAAUUCGGCGGCAGAAAGUGCAGAAAAUGGCAUUUCCGAGCUUCAUUUUUUACAAUAUGGCCAGGAAAACAUGCAUGCCCCUGUACCACCCUAGAUUUCAGCCAGCCUCUCUAACUUCCUCUAAAUACCUUCUCACGCCACUGGAUACGUAGCUGAUUUUCAUUGUGCUUUCCUCAUAAAUCAUUAUUGAAUUUCAGAAAUCACUUAAAAAGCUUUUUGAUCUCAUUGAUGAAAUAUUACGCAGUUGCAUUUAUUGUAUCAUGUGUUGUUCAACUGAGGCCCAUUUCCAUGGACAGAGAAUUUUCCGAAAAUAUCACUGUUAAAAGUUGUUAAUUUUCAACUUCCAAAUUUUUUCGGACGGAAAAUUUGUGUCUGUCAAUCACAUUUUACAAAGUUUUCUUUCUGUGGAAAAUUUUCUUGAGUAGGAAUGAUCCUUAUAACAUGUAUGUUUUCUUCAGGACAACUGUCCUUAUGUUCCAAACGAAGGUCAAGGUGACAAUGAUGAUGAUAGUGAUGGUGAUGAUUGUGAUACUGAUGACGACAAUGAUAAUAUCCCGGAUGUAGUUGUAAGUACAAAUUGUAAUUUCUAUGUUGGAGAGGGGGGUUACCUUUACUGUAAAUGUAUUGAGAGAUGAAACAUUCACAUUGAUGAACAAUUUAGCAGAAAAUGCAUUGUUAUUGAGAAGCAUGUCAGCAUGAACUAAACAACCUUUAAUAUCAAUUAGAUUUUUUAACAUUCUAAGCACUCAAUUUAUAGUAGAUAUAUAUAUGACCGUAGACUUCCGCUAGCAUGUCCGACCUGUUGUGGUUUUACUAUUCAUCCCAACAUUCAAACAAUUCCACCAUCACUGGUUCUCGUCAAUGUACAACCAUCGAAAUAUGAUUAUAUUUGAUUUUCCACAGGAUAAUUGUCCUUUUGUUCGAAAUGAUGACCAGAAAGACAGUGACAGUGACCGUGUUGGUGAUGCUUGCGAUAACUGCAAUACUACAUCAAAUAGUGCUCAGCAGGAUCUUGACGGAGAUGGGACUGGGGAUGAAUGUGAUGACGACAUAGACGGAGAUGGUGAGGAAUUAUGAUUUCUUACGAAAAUGGGUUGUUAGGCAUUGAAGAUGGGACAAGGAUAUGAUGCACUGUCCAAUAACAACGUACAAAAACGAUAAUGGAAACACAGCAGUAAUAACAACAUCACUGCCUUGUUCUCAGACGCUUUGUUGUGCUACGCCGUCGCGCGACACGCACGCGGGACGACACGCGUGGGAGAAAAUGGAAAAUACACGAAAUCAUUCAAAUUAUCCGCGCGGCACACGCAAAAAGACCACGCAAGCCAUAGCGGCCACAUUACGCCUGGGUACGAGGCUGACAACAUCAGCAACAAUAGUAACAAAAACAACUACAGCAAAACAGGAGUAACAACAAAAACAGCAACAACUGCAGCUACAAAAUGAAUAAUAGCAGCGAUAAUAACAAUACGAAAAGCAACCAUAGCAACAUUCUUUGACAGGGAAUUCACAUAACAUUUCACAUGUGAGAAUAGUCAUUUCGUAUGUGAAAUUUAGAAUUUUCGAAUGAUUGUGAAAGAAAAAGGAUUAUCUGUGAAAAUUACUUUCACAUGUGAAAUUAUUAUUUCUUAUGUGGAAUUGGAACACUUAUAAACUGAAAAAUUGUUUUCACAUGUAAAAUCAUAGCUAUGUGAAAUUUUCGAGUUAGCAAUAAGAACAACAAAAACCGCAGCAACAAUAAAAACUACAAUGAUAACGACAACAAGAACAACAUAAGUAUCGUAACGUGAUAUAACUACUGCAUAACAAAACGCCAGCACAGAGGAACUCGGGAAUAUCUGCCUCCUCCGCAGGCUCCUCUAUAUAGAUCAAAUUUAAAUAUCGGUAAUAUAUAGAUCAGCGCGUGCACUGCAAGACCGAUAAAGACGCACGCCUUUAGGCACACGCCCGCAACUAAGGACGAUUCCGCGCGCCCCAUUAAUUUUCGUCUUUUCCUAAUUAUUUGAUAGCAAGCGACUGGGGACGAGGCAGCGGGAAUAUAACAACACGCAUACUCAUUCCAAAUAUAUUGUAGGUCUACUCAAUGCAAAUGACACAUGUCCAAAACUAAAUACCACUGAUCAAAGAGACGUCGAUGGUGAUCGUGUUGGUGAUAAGUGUGAUAAUUGUCCAAAUCGUCCUAAUGGAAACCAGGUAUCAACGAAAUUUCACCCUCAUAGUAAGCUUUAUUUAUGCCUGGUAGCACAUGGUAAAAAUGAGCAUAGUUUGGAAGGCUGCAUGUGAACUUCAGAUGGUUUUACAAUUCUACUCCUAACUGACGUUGAGAAGAUCUGGAAGUCACAAAUCAUUUGCUCUUGUAUUAUUAAUAUUGAAACAUACCUCUGAUAUACUGAAUGAUCUCUUCAGUAUACAGCAAAACGAUAGGUUCACUUUCAAACGUACUUUCACGAUCACGACAAUGCACAAAUUUCUAUAAACAACACAGAAACAUGGAACAGUAAUUAUAUUGCUGAAACUGUUCAUAUUUUCUUCUAUCAGUUCUAAACUGUUCUCCUUAGAUCUUCAUUAAAACCAUCCAUACAGGUUUUACUCUAACAGAAAACGGGAGUACCAGCAGAAAAAUGCGCCGUUUAAUUGGCAACGUUAAAAUAGAAGCAAGGCUUCUUCCUUGCUAGUGCGUUUAAAUUAUAACCAGAAAGUAAGAAACGUUGCCUCAGUAUUAUAAUAAUUCUGUGACGUACGUGAAAAUUAUGCAAACUGAUUUGACAGAGCAAGUUUUUGGUAACAGAGGAUUGUGAGGGAUAAGUUUCUCUCCUCCGCAGAGGAGAGAAACUUAUCCCUCACACUUAUGCCCUCUCCCGCCUGCGCUCCUUCGUUCAGCGGCUCCGCUCGUGUUCCAAGACCCGCCAUGUAAAGUGUAGUGAAAUGUGUCUCAAUACUAAUCGUAAUCAUAGCCAACAGAAGCCUUUGCGGAGGAGAGAGGGGAUAAGUGGUUGUUUCCAUGCUGCCACCCUUUUUUUCUUUCCUUUCCACUCCUGAUUUCAUGACCUUCUCUGACAAGUAUUGCUUCAAAUUUCACUGCCAUAGCACAGAGUUGCCUGCACAGGAGUUCUCCCUUCCACGGAGCUUUAAACCUCUACGGAGGAGAGAGGCAGAUUGGCGUACAGUAUAAAACGGAAAGAACACAACCCCACCCCUCACAGGCGAAAGACACAUGCGCAAACAAAGUGCCACCAGCAACCCAUGAGCAGUUUUUGUGGCAACUAAGACAUUGAGCUUCUUGCUAUUUAUGACUUGCAAAUGCGACAGUUUAUAUUUAUUCAUGUUUCCUUUUCAGAAUGACAGUAAUCAGAACGGCUAUGGAGAUGUUUGUGAUGACCCUGCGAUUGCUGGGAAUGAUAGGUAUUUUAAUCAUGGGCAAUGAUGUCAUAAAACUGUGUAAUAUUGACAUAUUAUUUUGCUUUUGACCAGCGAAGCCAAUUUGAGCCGAAAGAAAUAAAAACAGUAGACCGUAUUUAGGAAGAAAAAUUGCCACACGAAUUAGGGUGAGGAUGUUAUGAUUAGGGCCUAGGAUUAGGGUGGGGUUAAGAUUAUGAUUAUUAGAGGGUGUAAAGAUUCAUUGAAAUUUCGAUUGUAUUUAAUUGGUUGAUGUGACAUGCAAAAACCAAUUUCUUAUGCCAAAACCAAUUUCUUAUGGUUAGCUAAGUUUCAAACCACAUUUCACGCUGCCCUCGCUAACGUGUGCCCAUGAAUACAAAAAGAAGAAAAGGUCAUCAAAAUUUGUAUUUCUUGAUUUACCGUGGUUUUUAUGCUAUACUAUGAAGGCCGAGGAAUUCCUAACGCAAUCUUUGUGGAUAAGUUUUCGGGCUGGACGUGUGACGUUGCAAUUAAGACAAUUAACGGUUUUGCUGUGUAGGUAUAUUCAUAGUUUUUGCAUUCUUCUAUAGAGACGGUGAUAGUGUUUUCAAUGACUACGAUAAUUGUGUUAACCUUCCAAAUGCUGAGCAAGCAAAUAAGGAUGACGACGCUUCUGGUGGGUAAAUGUUAAAAAGAUGAUGAAAAUUGAUUUAAAGCAACUCUUGUCAUGAGAGUUGAGGAAACAUUCGAUUAUCAAUUAUGUAAACUCUCACCCAUCAACUCUCAUAUUUCUCUUGUUCUCGUUUGCUCAAAAUAUGAGAAUUAAGAAAACGUUUUAACUCGCAUCUGUCACCUCUCGUGACUUGUUUCUUCUUCUUGUUUUAUCAGGCAAAAAUUAUAUAGAAAAUUCUCGUGUAAUUUCUCACUUAACCACUCUCUUGAAGCUCUUGUUUCUGUAUCAUCAAGAAAUGAAAGUCGGAGGAUCUCAUGUAAACUCAAGUCUCUCUUGUUGUGUUUUGUCAAGCAGUCAAAGUUAACAUGCCGCAUGCGACCAUGCCACAUGUUUAAUCCAGAAUUGAAAAUAUUUUAAGGAGAUAAAACUAAGAACAGCAUUGUAACUUUCGUUGCCUAGGUGACGCAUGUGAUGACGACAGUGAUAAUGAUGGUGUACCAGACACUGAAGAUAAUUGUCCUUUGGUACAGAAUCCUGAUCAGAGCCACCUUAAUCUCACAUUUGAUGCCAUUGGUAGGUAAAUGUUAAAUACACUAAACUGGAGCUUUAAUUUGUUUUGAAAUCUAUUUUCAAAAUCGUUCAGGUGCUGAAGUUGGUGAUUUAUGUAACAAAGAUUUUGAUGGAGAUGGUUUCCCAGACAAUCAAGAUUCAUGUCCACAUGUAGACAAUAUUCACAAAACAUCAUUCCUUCAUCACUUUAUUGUGUGGCUUGAUAGACAGUCUACUGAUAAUGAUGUGUGGAAAAUUUCAAAUGAGGUAAUAAUUUCGUAAGGUAAAACCACUUGGCAAAACAUAGUACCCACUGUUAAUAUCAUACGUUAACCUUUGGACACCUGAUGACAGUACAAUUUAACUUAUUGUUUGGCCCAUACAAAAAUUAGGCCCAUACAAAAAUUAGGCUCAUACAAAACUAUGUUCCAUAUUAAAUCAUUAUUGACACACUAUAUAAUAUCUAUUUUCAUGCAGGCCAACGAAGAACUUAUAUUCAAUAUUUUUAAUUUUAGGGCCGAGAUAUUCAGCAUACAUCCAAUAGGAGCAACCCGUCCAUGUUGAUUGGUAUAUCUUCAUCAUAGGCGUAUGGGAGGGAAAAAAUUGGGGGGGGGGUCGGCAAGAAAUUUGCCCGACUUUUUCGCAUUUUGCCACAGGAGGCCCAGGCUCGAUUUACCCGCGCCCGCCUGUGCCUUCCUUAUAACGAGGGAAGGAAGGAAACAUUGAGACCAAAAUAGCCCAGACUUGGCAUAUGUCACACGAAACUAUCCUCGAUUUUUCGCCUUUAAUGCAUUUCUUUCACGGUUAAUCGAUAUCCCCUGCAAGAAUGGUACCGUAUAACUCUCAAAACAACGAUGCUUUAAUAAAAGAGCUUAAAUUCGCUCUGAAAUCCGUGAGGGAAUAACAAAAUUCGGCCAAAAUAUAUCCGCGUGCCGGGUUUGCUGGACAAAAAGCGGAAGUCGUUGAACAACUCAAAAUACACUCAACCCUGAUUGGACAACGAAAAUCAACAAACAGUUCAAAUUUUUCUCCACUGGGAGUUGGGAUAGUACUUGGAACAGUAUACUGUAAUAAUUUCAUUAUUUGAAUCAAAACAAUUCACAAACGUUAUGAAGUCUACUACAAGUCGAUUAUAUAUGUUACUGUAAAUAUAACUGCAAAUAUAACUAUAAUUUUACGCUGAAACAUCUUGUCAAAUAGGGUAAAUUACUAUCCGUAUUUACUGACUAAACUUCUUAAAUUUAAAUAAUUAGAUUUGCAAUGGUUUUCCCCGACAACAUUUGUUAAUUGUUUUGAUUCAAAUUUAUAUUAAUUACUGACUACUGAAAAUUUGAAAUGUUUGUUGAUUUUCGUUGUCCAAUCAGGAUUGAGUGUAUUUUGAGUUGUUCAACGACUUCCGCUUUUUGUCCAGCAAACCCGGCACGCGGAUAUAUUUUGGCCGAAUUUUGUUAUUCCCUCACGGAUUUCAGAGCGAAUUUAAGCUCUUUGAUUAAAGUAUCGUUGUUUUGAGAGUUAUACGGUAUCAUUCUUGCAGGGGAUAUCGAUUAAUCGUGAAAGAAAUGCAUUAAAGGCGAAAAAUCGAAGAUAGUUUCGUGUGACAUAUGCCAAGUCUGGGCUAUUUUGGUCUCAAUGUUUCCUUCCUUCCCUCGUUAUAAGGAAGGCACAGGCGGGCGCGGGUAAAUCGAGCCUGGGCCUCCUGUGAUUUUGCCCGACUUAAAAAGAAAAUUUUCCGUGUAAAAUCUCUAAAAUUCCUGGGGGUAGGGGUUGGAAAAAUGGAUCAAAAUCUUUCAAAACCUUACAAAAUGUUUCUUCCACUUCUUCCAUUGUUUCUUUGAUUAUUACCUUAAAUAUUUUUUCAUUGUUUCAAGCCCCAUGUGGGACGCAGGACUUUUUCCUGGACUUAGCGUGAUUAAUAAAUUGUUAUUGAAAUCUUUAACGCUAUAAAUGGUCGAUGUUUUAAUUUGUUGUUAAUGCCCGUCCAAACCAUUCAAACAUUGUUCAGCGUUGACGAAAAUAUUGACUCAUGAGAUAAAGGCAAAUCUGAUGCAACAUCUACCAACAUUACCAAAUAUAGUGUUCAAACCACAGAUUAAGUGUGACCAGAUGUGUAACUUCAGGAAAAAAUUGCUAUCUUUCUAGCAAGUGUGCUUGCGUGAUAAUUCGUUAUUUGAUAAUACUUAUACAAAUUUGAGGACACGAAAUCCUUUGAAGUUACACAUCUGGUGUAUACUUAAUCUGUGGUUCAAACAGACCAAACAAUAUUGCAUUCUACAAUGUUGGAUGAUACUGGUACAAAAUUUUGGACUUUUUUAAUGGGCUUUAGAAUUAUAUCACGAACCAACACCAGCCAGCCAGGGAGCCAUGCACACCAGAUCGAAGGUGCCCAUAAACUGUAACAUGCAUAUGGUAACUAUUUCCUUUCUUAAUUUGUGUACAGGCAAUCAACGGUAUGGCCCAGUAGAUUUCUCUGGCACAAUAUUUGUAAAUACUGAUGAAGGUUUGAACUAUAUUGGUUUUGUAUUUGGUUACCAGUCCAAUAGAAAGUUUUACUCGGUCAUGUGGCGGCAUAAGAAUCUGAAUCUUGACCAAAACACGUAUCAAGCUGGUAUUAAAGGCCUUCAAUUGAAGGUAGGUUUGCUCGCUUUAAAUGUAAUGUCAUAGAAGUUUAUGUAGCCAAAAGCGAUGAGGCUAAGCAUCCAAGAAAAUAUAUUUCUCUUCCCGGCAACAAAACCCAAAUAUAAAAAUUUCCUGUGUAAAUCAAAUAUAAAACAUUGUGACAUUCUCGACUUGCAAAACGCUUUUGGAAUUGCAGUUUGAGAUGAAAUUUCCUGGCAGCGGUGCUCCGGCAGUGGAGUGGCGUCCUUAAAUAAGUCUACAUGCAUUCAUACGUCAUAUGAAGGGAAGUAAGAAGAGUAACAAUAGGUAGGAUAAGGAACGAAAGAUAGGAACAUUAGGAGAAUCAAAGGAUGGAGGAAACAGAAACGGGAGAGAAACUCAGAAUAUCAAAAGUAUUUGAAGUAAUAGUUCAAAUACGAGUAAGUGUUCUUCCUCUGAUUUCUAAAUACAAACAAGCAGGUUGAAAAUACGAGGCGAAGCCGAGUUUUUUUAACCAGCUUGUCUGUAUUUAGAAAUCAUAAGAAGAACACUUACGAGUGUUUGAACUUACUUCUCAAACAAACCCGUAUUUUAAGAGGAAAUCCAGAUUAAAGUUGGCUGUAAUCUUUCUUCGAUUUAUAAACAUUAAAUAAUGAUUAAAUAUUUAUUUCUUUUGAAUUUUCUUCAUGAAUUAUUAAUGAGUUUGAGAAGUAUAACAUUAAAAUUAAUACAACAGUUAUAAUUUUCACUUCUUAGCUCAUAAACAGUAAUACUGGUCCUAGUAAUAAUCUUGCCCAUGCUCUCUGGCAUUCAGGAGACACCUCAAACCAGGUAAGACCACGAGUGCGAUAAAUAGUUUUUCAAUUGGCGCAAUAAUUCUACACCACACAAUUGUUAUAAUUCUUCUUUCAUGUCUACACUCUAGGUGUCUUUACUGUGGCAUGAUCCUCUCAUGCAAGGAUGGGAACACAAGACUGCUUACAGGUUUUACCUGAAGUAUCGACCUUCUGUUGGAAAAAUAAGGUACAGUUGCAAAGACAAAUCAACAAGUGUUCAUCUUAUUUAUGACUGAUUACAUCGAGGCUACGUUCACACGGAACCGAACAAAUUCAGAACAGUGCACAAAUUCUUCCGAUUCUAUUUGUACACACGGGAUUUGUGCGGUUAGCUGUCUUCGAAUUGGGACAUCAUAGUAAACGGAAGACUUUCUUUUUUUUGGGGGGGGGGGUGAGGGGGUAGAUCCCCAGAAAAUUUGAAAUCUGGAGUCUCACCAGCGUGCUGAAAAAAAAUUGUCAUGCAAAAACAUGGACAUUUCAGUAACUUAAUCACCCACAACAAAUGUUUCAAGCCACGUGGCGGGAAAUUAUCAACAUUUAAUGUGGACUAAUUCGUGUGAACGGAGCCAGAAUAUAUUAUGCUUUACUGCAUGCACCUUUAGCCUGGACUAUUUCUUACAACAAUCAUGUUAUUACUACAUGUCAAUUAAUCGAUUUGUCCUUAGCUCAACUUGCAAUUUAUCCUGUGCAAAGACAUCUUGAGGCUCUAGAAAAACCGAAGAAAACGCAAAAUAUUUUGUAGAGGUUGGCGUUUUACAAAUUUAACGAGAUUUAAUCCACGAUGACAGAUGUGCAAUCCGCUUCUCUGAUGACUGAAUAAAGUUUUCACUUCUAUAACGUUUUAGAAGGAUUAGAUCAAGCCAGGAAUUUUUCUUUUGAGUUUUUUUUUUCAAAGUAAUAUUUCAGAUUUAAAAUCCAAAUACUGGGAAAUUACCCAUGUUGAUGCAUCUUAAUAAUGCGAAAGUAAGACAAGACCUUGUGUCCAUGUGCUUUUUACGAACUUUUCCAAGCCAGUUUUAUUCCACCUGCAUUGCAGGCUGAUUGUUAAAGAAGGAGAUUCUGUUCUCGCGGAUUCUGGGGAUAUUUAUGACACCACGAUCACUGGGGGACGAUUAGGAGUAAUUGUAUAUGGACAGAAUGAUGUUAUUUGGUCCAGACUACAAGCAAAUUGUCAGGAUAGGUAAGCAUGUUUUUGUAUUUUUCACUUUACUGAAAUUAAUUCAUUAAUAGUUCUUUGUAUGCUUACAUAGAUGACAUCAUAACACCACGUAGUACUGCAAAACUUUCGAUCUGUAAGCCCGGAUCUUCAUCAGUACUAAUGAUACCUGUAUAUGACUUGUACCACAGAAGAGAGGACUUGUACUUUAUUUGCUAUGACGUGUGAAUUCAACAAAGUCAUCUAUUAUUAGCACAUAUGAAGAUCCGGGCUUACGAAUGAAUAUUAAGUAUACUUGUUGUUGUCCAAUAACAGUUCACUGCGGAACGGUAAUGUGUUGUUUUGAAGUUUGAGUCAAUAGUUUUGUUUAUUUUCAUAGCCAUUUUUAUGUAAACUGUAAGGAAUUGGUGACAUGUGCCGGUAUUCCCCUUAUAAACCGCUAAAAACGUCCUAGCUAUAUAUAGUGAUUAAUUUUAUUCCAAGUUAGUUCAAUGGUAUUUCUCAACUGACGGUUUGACAGUCUGAGUGUCGUAGAUAUUCUGCCCUGAUUAUUCAGUAUGAAUAAUCCAGUGUGAUAGAUGGUCAUGUUCUAUGUAAUAAUGAGGUUCAGAUUUGAAUCCCAUUACCGCUACCAUUAAGAAUCCAUUAACCAAUCAGAUGCGUUUGAUAUGUUCGAUUAACCAAUCAGACACAUACUAAGCCAGCGAGAAGUAGUGGAAGUCAAAUCUGAACCUCUCUAUAAUAUUACAGCUACUGCGAACCUUAUAAGAAUUCAACAACACCAAGGGAUUGUUUCUUAACAUAGGAUAAAAGUAAUUGGCUUUACUCAGAAAAUACUCCAUUUUUCUUUCAGAGAAAACCAUGCACUGUUGUUUGAUGGCGUGGACGAUUAUGUCUUGUUGCCCUCCGUUAAAGACUUGCAACUUACUGAUAGGUAAUUCUGCUUCAAUAUAUUUAGUAGUGGCUUAAAGUAGUUUAUCAAAUUAUCGUUGUAUCGACACAUCAUCAUUGUUCAUAAAUGUAAGCACUGCAGUGUCUGCACUGGUACUCUGACAGAUGACUCACUUCGGGCGGGAGGAUUUUCAAACGUGAAGCCUGAUACCCUCAUACUUAAACAAAUUCUCAUGAUCCAAUAUUUUGCAAAUUGUCUGUCAUUGAAAGCGUUGUUGUUCUCAUGUGUAUUAAAAAUGUUUCAAUAAUCGUCUUUUAGUUUUACGAUCAGUGCGUGGAUUAUGCUGGCUCAAUCGUACCCUACCACUUUAAUGCCAGUUGUGUGUACCACGGAUGAUACGAUAUGUCUUUAUAUAGAAAACAGGUAAAUAUUUAAAAACAUCUUCCCUGCAGACAAAUAUCUUGAAAUAAUCAAUAACUCUAUGAAUCCUGUCUAAAAUGUCCUCGCUCAAGGUUUAAUCGCCUGCAACCAUGUAUACCUGUCUGCUAUCCAACGGAACUCAAUCCUCAACCGAACUACCCUUCAUGUGCACCAUCUGCAAACGUUUAAACCACUAGACCAUCCUAGCCACCUGUAACCACCUGUAACCGUCUGUUAUCCAAUGGAACUCAGUCCCCAACCCAAUCACUCACCAUCACCUACCCAAUGACAUACAGCUCAUGCCAACCGUCUGUAAACUGUAAACAUCUGCAACCAUCUGAAAGCGUCUGCUAUACCUCAUAUCCAGUAAGGUAUAUCCUUUGCUGGGGCGGUGUUAGGUCGUGUUACCAUAGGACAAAACUGGAGUACUCUGGGAAUACCUGCAGUUUUCAUACAGAACAAUUAAAAAAUCAUUGUUUUCAUCGGGAUUCGAACUCGCAUCAAUUUUUCGUUUUCUGCGUCGUCAGAAUAAACAUGAAACUAGUUUUUCGUAUCACCGAGGUUUUCAAAUACCUGCAGUCAGUGCAGUGUGUGGUCAAGUCAAACAGGAAACACUCUUCUCACAUGCGACUGCAGCGAAAUUAUAAUCAGAAAAUAGUAUAUUGCAGGAAUAAAAAGCAUGCAUGUACCAACCACAGUGCCAAAAAAUAUUGCUGUUCCCUCGACCAGAAUAAAUACGUUGUUGAUUUAAGGGUGAUAUGAGUCCCCCUGAAUGAUUUGUUACUGAUGUUGAAACCUAGUUGAAAUUAUUUUAACAGGAAGCUGCGAGGUCGAUUGGGAACGGCUGUUGUGUCUAGCAAUGGUAUCAUUGACGGCGAAAAUUGGCAUCACGUGACAUUGAUAUAUGAUGCUCAAAGUAUGUGUUUAUGUUACACAACAUGUACUAUCUCUGCUUGAUAUAAUCAUUUGCCGGGUAGUCCACAUUCAAGAACACUAGUCCUGUAUGAUUUGAUCUGACCAUGAGAACAUGUUUAAGACCAUGUACUGUCUCUGCACAAUCUAACCAUUUUUUAAAAGGUGACUUAAAACAGUUUUUUAAAAAAAUGGAAAAUUCACGAGUUAGAUGCGUAUUUUUGGACAAGUAUUACUUGUUGAUAAACAAAAAGAACCUUACUUAUAUAAAACAACAUCUAAAGAGUUUGAAUUUGAAUACAAAAGUUACGCAACUGCCGUUGCUAUGGCAACAAGGACGUUUCAAGGUGGCGGAUAUUUUGGCUUUAAAGUAAUUUAACUCGUAAACGACAUCGGUGACCCCCAAAUUUUAUUUUAAAAAAAUGAUUUCCCUUAGUAUAUUGAAUUACGUUAACAAUUUUAAAAAAAUUCUGUGGAGCCGAAAUUUUUAAAAUUACGUAAAGGUGAUUGUUCAUAAUAAUUUUUUUUUUGCUCAACAGAAUUUUUUUUAAAUUGUCAAAAUAAUUGAUUAUUCUAAAAGAAAUCAUUUUUUAUAAUAAAAUUUGGGGGUCACCGAUGUCGUUUACGAGUUAAAUUACUUUAAAGCCAAAAUAUCCACCAUCUUGAAACGUCAUUGUUGCCAUAGCAACGGCAGUUGUGUAACUUUUGUGCAAAAAAUUCUAAUUCUUUAGAUGAUGUUUUGUAUAAGUAAGGUACUUUUUGUUUAUCAACAAGUAAUAAUUGUCCAAAAAUACGCGUCUAAAUCGUGAAUUUUCCAUUUUUUUAAAAACUGUAUUGAGCCACCUUAACUAGCGAAUAAGUUCUGCACAACAGGGGUUAUUCUAAGCUGGAUUUGCUAGGUCUUCUUGGAGUUGGAAAAAAAGAUCUGGAGUUGUAAAUGAAAAACACUGGAGUUGUACAAAAUAUAUCACGUACAUUCCAGCAGUCACAUUCAUUGACGUAUAAAGUAAUGUUGUCUAGUUUAAAAAUGUAAAUUAGAGAAGUUAUAAAUGUUUUUUAUCCGUAAGCCAAGCUUUGUUCAAAACAGUUUGGCAUUCUUAUUUUGUUUUACAUGUUGAUCCACUAUGCCAUCGCUUGUGUGUUCUUUCUUCUCAGUUGCUUCUUCAAACACACCUUUGAACCAUCGUUGAUAACGUGCUUUAUCAGUUUCCUUGUUUCUGCGUUGCCUUUGUUGCAGCCAUCUCACAACACAUAUUCUUCGAUCCAAUUCUUCAUGAGUUGGCAUAUUGAAGUGAACAUACGGAUAAAGAUUUUGUGUUUCGACAUCAAUAGAAUUCCUCAGCGAUGUUUUUACAAGAUUGCAUGCACUGAUUAACCUUUCAACAUCGCACGAGUGAGGUUUUGCUGCCCAUAUUCCGGCAAGGGCUAUGACAUGCAAUAUUGAGGCAAAUGUUUCGUUUUCUUGCCAAAUACUGUCCCAUCUGAGCUAAACGUAGGCUUUGGAGAGUAUAUGUACGUAUCAGCUCUGGUGAUGUUACACCAAUACAAUGCUGUUAAAUUUGAGAGAAAAUUUUAUUAACGGUCUGAACAUAUUCAUGAAUUCCUUGAUAUCAGCAUCAGGCUUUAAAGCAAUAAAAAGUUUAUCCACUUUCAAUAUCUUCUGAUCAACACCAAAUUUAAUCUGAUCUAGAAAUUCCACAAGGCAAUAAAUAAUUUCUUUCCUUACCGUUGUUAGAUCUCUUAAGGCUAGCACAAAAAGGUGAUGAACUCGCCUUUCUCGUGGAAUACUAAGGGCAAUGCCUUUCAAGGAAAGUUGAUUGCACUAGGCUCUUCCUUUGAAUUUUUACAAGAAGUAUUAUAGCAGAAGCCAUUACACUCUUGACAUCUAUUGUAGCAGAGACGUUUUGAGAAGUUCUUCUUGAAAGUUCUUCAUCAAUAUUUACAUUGCUUUAUCAACUUUCUGGAAAGUGAAAGCCGAAGGUAUUGAGUCUAUUGACUAAAUUGAGAAGUCUGAAGUGAUUUUAUUCGUCGUUAUCUCUUAUCAGUUUGAUACGUUGAUAGAUUUUGUCACUUUAAUUCUCUGUCAGCAGGGGAAAACAUUUUACUUAUUUUUAUAAAACCCAGAAGUAAAAUAAUAUUAAUUGUGACUGCGAAAUGGAAAAGUAUUUGACCUUAGAUUUUGCUAAACUCACUCGUAGGUCAUAUUUUAUAUUUCUUAAGAUGUUAAAAGUUUAUGAAGUAUGUCAUCAGUUUAUAUGGAAAUAUAAAAUUAUUUUACACUAAAGCUUAUAUAAUAACUAGUACAAAUGUCCUUCUUUCAAGACCCAAUUGAUUGCCCAACCAUUGACCCAAUAAGAGCCCAUGCCCUGAAUGUAUAUUACCUAUUACCUGUCUGACUUCACCACAUCAAAAAGUGACUAACAGACUAACAGUUGUUGUGACAGAGUCACAGUGUAACUAGAGAAUAAGUAAGAUGAAGACCACACCAAAUUCAAAAAAGCCUUGCUAGUUAUUCUCAGGGAUAAUGCAGGUCAAUACAGUAGGUCUGGAUCUCCUCCUCAAGGCUUAAUACUUCAACAAAGUGGCAGAAUGUUUUUUAGUUACUGGAGUUGUAAAUUAUCCUUAGAACCCCUGCUGCACAACAUUAGAUUAAUAGUUUAAGAUCAGUGCAGCCUGAAAACUUGGUCAUGCUAUGCAAAUAUUUCCGUGUUCAUAGACCGUGAAAACAAUCAAUUUCUAAAGAAAUUUGCAUAGCAUGACCAAAUUGUCGGGCUGGCUUCACCACUGACUUGUACCGUAGUCCAUAUAUUCAAGAAUAUGUUGUACGCGUCCAUUACCUAACUUGUACAACACCAGGUUCAAUAACAUUUAUAUAAUAACUACAGUGAAACACGCAAUUUGAUUGGUCAAUAGCCGUGCAGGAUCAGGCUAUCCUGCACGAGGAAUUAAAAUGCUUUCGCGGGAUUCUCAAAAUGUCAUUGUUUCACUGUACUGUAGUUAUUUUAUAAACCAAUUACCAUAUGGUUUUCCAAGCAUCGACUUUCGGAAAGGGUAAAAAUACACUCGCCUGCGGUUCGAGUAUUUUUACGCUUUCCGAAAGUCUCGCGACAUCCCUCGUGCAUGGAUCACGCAAUCCUGCACGGAAAAUCAUUCGGUAUUCCUUUAAUACUGUAUAGCUAUAGCCACGUCAUAGACUCUAUAUACUGUAGAACAUGUGCUACUCCGCAUAGUCCAAAAACAUGCGGAAUCAGUUCAUUGGUCAGCAUCAACGCCGUGUCUUCCCAGUAAAACUUUGAAUAUAUUUCAAUUUUUUAAGGACAUGAGCUUGUGACCUUUCUCAACGGUACCGAAGACGCGAGAUUAAUAAAUGUCCAACCUCUUUCCUGGGUAUGUCUACCGUUAAUAGUCCAGCUAAAAAUUACGUACUACCGAAUCAUACGUACUUUGUAUAAAGUCAAUUUAUGCCAAACAAACUGAGCCUUAAAAUUAUUGUUCUUUAUGUAGGUCAACAAUUCCGUCGUAUAUUUAGCAAGAAACUCGAAUGGGUUUUUCAAGGGAAUGUUAGAUGACGUAAGUGUUAUAAAUAGAACGGGUCUUAUUCACCUGAUUCCAUAUUAUACCGCGUAUAUCAUUAAAUUUAAUGUUUAUGUAUAGGUUUCAUUUUGGCCAGUCAAACAGCAGGAUAACGAAGUGAAGGAGUAUUCUAAACUAGCUGGACUCUCCUGGCCAAAACAUAAACGUAUCGUGCGCGCUCACUAUACAAUGGACCAGAGAUUGGGUACUGUUGUACUUGAUGAAUCUGGCAACAAUCUAGAUGGCAGUUUAAAAGGAAACCCGCAGUGGGUGCAGGUAUAUAUAUAUAUCAGUUUAUUUUCAUAGCUUUUAUCUCUUUAUGCACAAGCCGUCAAUGCAUUCCUGUGGAGAAGGCGAUAAGUGCAUGAGAGGGCGAGCUGGCAAGACUGGCAGGAAGCUCAUGACCGAUUGUAAAUUUUGUUCGAGAUUUAAAGAGUUCGAAAAUCUUUUCUGUAUGUUGAAAUAACUUUAGUUGGUUUUAACACAAUUUUACAUUUACAAAAUAUGACAGUACAUUGCUUGAGUUGAAUAGUUUUCUUUCAGCAACUUAAAAAUACGAUUAUGCGACAAUGCUCCAGUGCAUAUUGUACCAAUUAUAUAACUUACUGCAUGAGAUCAGGUUUUAUUCACACUGUUUGUUCCUAGCUUUUUGAUAACGUUAACGAUGAUGGCUUAAUAAAUAUAACUGUUUUACUUUAGAGUUCUUUGGACAAAGUUCGUUUCCAGCUGACCUACCCCAACAAUAGAAAACGAAGACAUGUUGCAGGAAUAAUUCAUACAGAAUUAUGA